CUUUGGAUGCUGCCACCAGCUGCCAUUUCUUAAAUCCCUUUUUCUCUGCCUCGUCGAGCUUCUUUUCGCUGGGCUGCCCAACGACCUCGCUCUGCACAUAGUUUUGCCAUCAUACCACUUUCUGCAUCCCGCUCUCACUCCAUCUCCGUGUUUCCCUUGGACUUCCACCCCAAAAACCUUGAGUCUUCGCCCCCCAGAAGAGGACCUGGGCCUGCCGCCCGCCUACUUUUCUCCAAGUCACACUUUUUUGACCUUUCGCCCUGCAACUCGAUUAUAUCACCCACCGUCCUCCCGUUCCUGACGAGCUUGCCGUCGUUAUCUUUGACCUCUACCACCAAAUCGCCACCUCAGAUCCGAAAUUUUUCAUUCGAGUCUCACCCUUCACUGAAGGUCCGGAUGGCCGCUGCUCAGAGUUAAAAGUCUCUGCAAACCAGCUCCGAGAAAGCCCUGCGAUCCUUGCCGACCGAUUUUCCGAUUUUCUCCAAAUUCUGCAACUCUUCCGUCACUCGUCCUUCCAGCCUGCCGUCCGGGAAUCUCAGGAACCAAAACACCCCUCCCUGCACGGGUGAGUGCGGCGACAUUUAGCCCGACACUUCACAAACAAGAGUUGGUUUGAAAGAGGAGGAAAACCAGAGUGGAAGGCCGCCAACAUGGCGCAGACUGGAGUCAACCCACAUGCAGCUGCAGCUGCAGAUCUGUUGAGACAAGCCAUGGCCCAGAAGUAUGUCCCGAUCUUUUCCCUUUGAGCAACCAAGUUUCGUGUUGGGAAAGAGCUGUGUAUGGCUGGCCAUGUGGAUGGCGGGGUUGAUUCCUACCCCAGCCUCGGUUUUGAGGAGUUCCAAACAAAUUGGGGCCUGGUCACCUUGGCCUCUUAAAAGACCCAUGACCUUGUGAGUCGAGUCUUCGGGCUCACGGGUCAUGGAAAGAAAUACAUUGUGUGCCCGACAGGCGAGCAGGACUCAGAGGCAGCUACCAUGUUCCGCCCGCUCGGUUUGGGCUCUGGCUAUGCUGCAGCUGGAACGUCGUCAUCGUCGAAGAAUUCUCUGCUUGGACGUGCGAAUCCUCUGAAUCUUCUAGCUAACCUCCCGAAUAGCAGUGCGAGACACGAAAACCGAGAGGACUUUCACGAUCAGAUUGGAUCGAAUUCACCCACGCCCUCAGGUGUAGAGACACCGCGUCCAGACCUCCACGACAAGCGACUGCCGGGGAUAAUACACGGGUAUUUUGGCCAGGUGGGUAGAGAUCCUUCUCAGCGUACACCGUCACGGUCAUCUCAAGCUGCCACAAACCCUGAACCUGAAACCGAUCAACAUGACAUGGGAGAGCCCGCAAAAGAGAGUGAGAGGCGGCGAAGUUCGUCUGCUUCGUUGGGUUCUAUGGUGAUGGUGGAGCGAGAACAAGCUUCCAUUCAAACACCGCCACCGGAUGAGCCGCCUGAAGAGUCUGCACCACCCGUCUCAGAUGGUGGCACUUCUCAAUUACCACCCACGCCAAUCUCGUCCGCCGCAUCCGUGGUGCAUAGGGAUGGCGAAGUGGCAGAGAAUGGCGGGUCCCUCCUAGAUGGUGGUAUAGCUUCCAUCACGCAGGCUUUGAGGAAUUUCGUGCUUCCCAAGUCUGUGUCCGGGGUGAAAGACCGCCGCCACCAGUCCUUACCCGUUUCAGGUGUCACUAAAAGCACCGUUUCGGCCGCACAUAUCUCAAACCCUGCAUCGUCCACGCAUUCUUCGAGACCACAGAGCCCCAAGUCUCCUUCUCCAAGUCAUGCUAAGCUACCACCGUCUGCAAUUUUAAAAGGGUCAGAUGAGCUAACUUCCAACGUGGCCGACGGGCCGCGUGAAAAGAGCACCCCUCCUCAUACCCCUCGAGCCUUGUCCCAAGAAGAUCAUCGGCGGGCCGAUACUCGGUCGCCCCUUUCGAGCGCCAGUACCACCGUCAGUGAAGCAAAUUCUCAAGUCGAGAAGCGAUCUCUAGCCAAAGAUGAAAUACCCAACAGCACGCCAAGAGGCAAGCUCUCCAUCAAGAUUGCGGAAGGUCGGGACUUGAAGCCAUCAUUUGAUCCCUACGUAGUCUGCCAAUUUGAAUGGAAUGAGUACGUGUCCAAAGGGCCGAGACAUGACAAGAUGGAUGUCGACGUUGAUGACCGGAAAGGUCCGGUUGGUCAACUACAGUCAGUCCGGCGGACUGACAGUGACAUGGGAAAGCCAAUGGCUAUUCCCAUGAGAAGUCGCCAAAGCAGCACGAAUGGAGAUGGCAGAGUCAGCGAUCCCCAGUGGGAUCACGAAGCCAUCUUCGACGUCGUCAGCGAUCAAUCAGAAUUGGACGUGACGGUCUACGACCGCCACGCAGAAACAUUCCUGGGGCAUAUUCGAUUAUGUUUAAAGUUGACAGAGCAAAAUCCCACCCUGGAAGGCUUUUUCAAACUGGAACCCCGUAGCCCAGAAGACCAUGAUAUUACCGGCGAAAUUCACAUCCGAAUGCACUUUUCUCCGGUCGAAAAGAAACAUGUCGGUCCGAACGAUUUCCAGAUCCUAAAGCUGAUCGGGAAGGGAACCUUUGGACAAGUUUAUCAAGUCCGGAAAAAGGACACCGGCCGCAUUUACGCCAUGAAGGUCCUGUCAAAGAAGGUCAUAAUCCAGAAAAAGGAGAUCCAGCACACCAUAGGCGAACGAAACAUCCUGGUUCGAACGGCAACCACAGAAUCGCCUUUCAUUGUGGGCCUCAAAUUCUCAUUCCAAACUCCUACCGAUCUUUAUUUGGUCACCGACUUUAUGUCAGGAGGCGAGUUGUUCUGGCAUCUUCAAAAGGAAGGCCGAUUCAAAGAAGACCGAGCCAAAUUCUACAUUGCCGAGCUUAUUCUUGCCCUCAAGCAUCUGCAUCAAUCCGACAUCGUCUAUCGAGAUCUCAAGCCCGAAAACAUCCUCCUCGACGCAAAUGGGCACAUUGCACUGUGUGACUUUGGUCUCUCCAAGGCCAACUUGGCACAGGACGACACUACCAAUACCUUCUGCGGAACGACCGAGUAUCUAGCUCCUGAAGUGUUGCUCGACGAACAAGGCUACACCAAGAUGGUAGACUUUUGGUCCCUCGGCGUGCUCGUGUUUGAAAUGUGCUGUGGGUGGAGUCCAUUCUAUGCGGAAGACACUCAGCAGAUGUACAAGAACAUCGCAUUCGGCAAAGUGCGAUUUCCGAGAGAUGCCUUGAGCACCGAGGGUCGAAACUUUGUCAAGGGACUGCUGAACCGCAAUCCCAAGCACCGACUUGGCGCCCACGGAGAUGCGGAGGAACUGAUGCAACAUCCCUUCUUUGCGGAUAUUGACUGGGAUGCGCUUGGCAAGAAGAACUUGGUGCCUCCUUUCAAGCCCAAGUUGGCGUCAAUCGCCGACACCUCCAACUUUGACCCCGAGUUCACCAACGCCCUCAAUACCUCGUCUUCUCUGAAUGCCCGCGCAGCUGCUUUGGCUGCUGGAGCUGCACCAGCAUCGACGCCGUUGUCACCCACCAUGCAGAACGCCUUCCAAGGAUUCACGUUUGUGGACGAGAGUACCAUGGAACAGCAGUUCGGCGGGGCGCGGGAUGCCGAAGAUCAUCGGGUCGAUGACAAUUUCCUUGCCCGGACGAAGACGCUCGAGCACAGAAUGAGCGGUGUACAGAAGACGGGAGAGGAUGGCUUCUUUUUCGAGGAAUGAGGCACGAGAAGCGAUUAGGCGCCUAUGCCGUUGUUGGAUACCUGAGCCCGAGGCGCGAACCACUCCAGGCACAGCGUUCCCAAUGUGGCUCGCUAAUCCCGCGCACAGCUGCGCGUCGGAUCCGGUGAUAAUACCCAGAGGGGGAAAGGGACAACCAAAAAGCCACCAUACGUUCUUAAUGACUGUCUGUGCAUAGCGUUGCUGAUGCUCGUACAUGUUUUGACGCGGGCUUGACCCGGCAUGGACGAUUGCAUACCCACAAACAAAAAGCAAAACUGUUUUAAUUUUCUCGUUGUCAUUGUUUUCCAUGCGCUACGUUCUAACGACUCGGGGGAUUUAUUGGGCUAUCAUGACCUGGCGAGAUCAGAUGAGAUUGAGAUGAGACGAGAUGAGACGAGAUGAGACGAAAAGGGAUUUUGAGCAAGUGACAAGAAUCCCGACGACCCCAGUUCCAAUUUGACACGGUUUGGGCGGCGGCCCUGCCUGGAGAGAUGGAUGGUACAUGGCUUCCUUGCCCUUGAGGAAGCAAGCAAGCAUGCCUGUAUGUAUGUAGGAGCCUGAGCUGACUCAAAAGGGAAAAGGGGGGAAGAAAAAGCAACAAGAAAAACAGAUGACCCAGACGUCGUGGUGGUGGAGGAAAGAAACAUGGCACGAGAUGAGCAGAUCAGAGCGCGAGCGAGAGCGAGAGCGAGAGCAAGUGCAAGCAGAUUGAAACGGAACUGUAAAUCAAUCCUCCCCAAUUUUUUUUUUUUUGAGAAUCGAUAAUCUGGGUGCUCCAUUCCAA